GGCUUGCCUGACUCCAACUUGAUGGCACUAUCUUGUAGCUGGUUUCCAAGCAGUCUCUUUUCCAGCCAGGUAUCUUGCCCUCCUACAACCGUUUUGGAUCUUAUGGAAUUCCGUUUGAUGCUCAAAGUCGAGGAAAAAACCUUGCAUCCAUCGGUUCUUCUAGAUGGCCAACAAUGGACAUUGAGCGAGCCGUUGGAUAUAUAUUCUGAUGACAUACCAGAGUAUGGAUGUAUCUCCUACGUAUGGGGACCAGGCAGGAUGCCAAACUCCAUAUACCCCGAACUCCAAAUGUCCCACCACACCCUUCAUUCCCUUUCAGCUGCAAUUCGCCAUUCAAAUCUCACAGCCUUUUGGAUAGAUUCCUUCUCGUUGCCCACUGAUCCCGUGACGAAAGCCGCCACUCUGGAGAGCAUAGGAUACAUUUACGCACGCGCCAAGCAGGUUACCGCCGUCCUUUCUCCACCGUCCUAUUCCGCCAUCGAACGUAUGAGUCGUCUGGCGCACUCAGACACUGCUUUAGAUGAUGUACUGGAGGAUCUGGAGAGAGACAUGUGGGUACACAGUGUUUGGACCUACCAGGAGAUCGCGAAUGCGGGUGAACUAUUCUUCGUUGGUGAGGACCCGGAUUGCAAAGACCGCAUUCCAGCUUUCGACUUCCUUAACGCGUUGGGAUACUACCUCACUCGUUAUCGGAAGCAGAACAAUAUGUCUGUCAUGACAUUCCGUCAGAAGUAUCCAUAUGUGGAUACUUUCGAGGACGUAAUUGCAGAUUGGAUAAUGGGCGAGUUUGCCGAGAGGUCUGCUCUACAGAUUAUGUCAAGCUUGGAUCGUCGAGUCUACGAGGACCCAAAGAACUACUAUUACGCCAUGAUCGGGGCAGUGACAAAGGUUCCAUCCAAACGAUCCUCAAAGCCAUCUGUACAGUCCCUUGCCGAAACUUACAUGAGGAUUUGCGAAGAGAAAGGCGAUUAUUCCUUCAUUUUUACUGCCAAUCCACGAGACGACCGGCCGGGCUUAACAUGGCGCCCUCAAUCGGGAAUGUUGCGUUCCAUCAUAUCCUGGCAUAGUUACGGCGACAGGCUUGCUGGGGUGAAGGAGGCUGGAGGUGUCAGACUGAAAGAAGUCAUUGUUGGACGAAGGACAAGACAGUACUCCUCAGCCGCAAGGGACUCUCUCAUGAGUUGGCUUCAAGCGUUGGAGAUUGAGGCACAUACGGAUGAGGAUAUUGUGCGAAGGCAUUACGACAUGAUCAAGGAAAUAGGCUUUACAGGAAGCCCGGAGCAUAUUAUUCUGGAGACGGGAAUCUUUUUUUCUCAAGAUGCGAUUGCUCCAGGUGCUGACAUUGAGAUAUGGAUCUCUGGUUCGGUACGAUAUCUUUUCGGAGCACCAGGGAUCGCAAUCGCGAAGGACCAGAACGGGACCCCGUGGUACACACCGGGGGUGUAUUGUGGUCUGGUCGAGUCUUCCAUGCCACGGUCCGAAGUGGUAUUGCCAGUGGAACCAUCAUUCACCGUCGGAGGUGUGCAACGUACGCAGUGAUAAUCAAAUGAUCGACCAUUUGGUCCAUGCAGGUCCCUUGUCAUAAAUGUCACCUUCUUGACGUGACUGUUCUAUCCUUCAAUGCACCACCUUUCAAUGCACCGAGAGACUUCCUCCAGUUCUUGCUUUUUCUUCCAAUGUAUCCACGAAAUCACAGACUCCCAAGCCCUGUUAUGUGUCCGUUGUACGUUGCCUUCCUUAAUGUAUCGUCAAAACUCAUCGACAAUAUCUAUGCCAGGUGUCGGUUGAGCAUAAUGAUCAUUAUCUGUCGAAGUCAGUACAGAGUAGUUACGUCUCCCCGGCGUGAUCGGGAAAGCCAUUAGAGUUCUGUUCAAUGUCGAACUUGAGCAUCCGAAGUCUAUAAAUAAUCCCCCUCUCACGGC